AUAAGCGCGUGGUUCUCAGUAAUUAAGAAACUGAUGCGAAUAACCAAGAAUGUGUGUGCAUGUGUGUGUAUUUUAUUACCCCCCUUAUAUGGCCAAGACUGCAGAAUUUUUUUUAGAUUUCCAAGAUGGGAUACCAGGCACUACCACCUAAUGGAUCGAUGGGCAGUGGCGCUGACCUACAGGGUCCCCUCUUUGUCGUCGAGCCUGCGCAUCGAGUAGAGUUUAGUAACACCUCUGGAGGAAGAGUGGAUUGUUCGGGCCACGGAAGUCCUUCGCCAGAAAUUGAAUGGGUUGGCCCCGAUGGUGCACCUGUGCAACAAAUCCCUGAUUUGAGACUGCUUUUUCCAAACGGGUCGCUUAUAUUUCCCCCAUUUUCCAACGACCGUUAUCGCCACGACAUUCACGCUGCCCUCUACAGAUGUAAACUUAAAAGUAUGUUGGGAAUUGUGAUCAGCAGAGAAGUGCAUGCCAAAGCAGUUAUGAAACAAAAAUACGACAUACAAGUACACGACGAAUAUGUUUUGGCUGGAAACACUGCCGUUCUAAAAUGCAAAAUUCCAAACUACGUAGCCGACUACGUCCUGGUCACUUCUUGGAUACAGGACGACAAUAUCAACAUAUAUCCAAACACCGAUAUCGGAGGCAAAUACGUCGUUUUAGCAAACGGAGAUCUUUAUAUUAGUAAUGCUGGUCCUGGAGACGGUUAUAGGAAUUAUGCGUGCCGAACAGUCCACCGGUUGACAGGCGAAGUUCAAACGUCAGCGUAUCCAGGUCGUAUUAUCGUAACUGAACCUAAAGGCAACGUUCAACCACGCAUAACAGUCGAAAAGCACAGUGCCAGAAAAGUAAUCACAGGAGAUGAUGUAACUUUGCCAUGUGUUGCUCAAGGAUAUCCAGUACCGGGUUAUUACUGGAAGCGUGAAAUUCAAGGACAAAUGGUGCCUGUCGCUUUGGGUGAACGUGCGAUUAUGCUCAGUGCUGGCUUAUUACGAAUAUCUAAAGUGCGUUUGGAGGAUCGGGGGGUAUACGUUUGUUUCGCAAAUAAUUCAGCGGGGGAGGAAAGUGUGAGAAUAACCUUGGAGAUAACAUCUCCGUUAUCUGCCCAUGUUCAACCUCAAGUGCAAGUAGUGGACGUAGGAAAAGAUGCUAAAUUUCAAUGCAUAGUUAAUGGCUACCCCUUGUCGCAAGUCGACUGGGUACAUAAUGGUAAACCUGUAGCUCCGGAUAGCCGUGUAGAAGUUUCAUCGGAUCCACCCAGGUUGACAAUUAGACAGCUGAACAAAGAAGACAAAGGAAUGUAUCAGUGUUUAGUCAACAAUAACUGGGAUCAAGCGCAGGCGACUGCAGAAUUAGAUAUGGGCGACGCUGGGCCAGAGCUAAUUUAUUGGUUUUCAGAACAAACACUCCAACCUGGUCCGACCGUUUCGCUUAAGUGCGUCGCCUCGGGAAACCCUCCACCCCAGUUUACUUGGACAUUAGACGGUUUUCCCAUUCCAGAUCACCCUAGAUUUUUAGUGGGUCAAUACGUGACUAUACAAGACGACGUCAUUUCACACGUUAAUAUAACUAACAUUAAAGCCGAAGAUGGCGGAGAGUAUGCCUGCAAUGCGCAUAACAGCGUAGGUAAAGUAAUGCACAGUGCGCGCGUCAAUGUCUAUGGUUUACCUUUUAUCAGAGAAAUGCCCAAAGUAAUCGGCAUCGCAGGUAUCUCUCUGGUAAUUAAAUGUCCCGUUGCCGGAUAUCCCAUCGAAUCUAUUAGUUGGGAAAGGGACGGGCAGGUUUUACCCCUAAUUAGAAGGCAAAGAGUAUAUUCUAACGGUACCUUGGUGGUCGAGCAAACUCAGAGGAAGGAAGACGCGGGAACAUACACCUGCCAGGCUCAGAACCGACAGAGGAAUUCGGCAAGAAGAGAUGUCGAAGUUCAAGUUAUAGUACCUCCCAAAAUUUUACCGAUCAACCCGAUGACGGACCUGCUAAGGGAAGGCAUGAGAGCCGCAAUUACCUGCCAGAUAAUGGAAGGGGAUUUGCCGAUAAAUUUUAGCUGGGAGAGAAAUGGAAAGAUUAUUCUAAAUAAUGCUGCCUUGGGAACAGUAAUUCGACGUAUUGACGAAUUUUCUUCAUCAUUAAUAAUAGACCAAGUAACCUCUCAACAUAGCGGCAAUUAUACAUGCAUAGCAAAUAAUAUUGCCGGUAGUGAAAGGUACACUGUGCCACUCACAGUCAAUGUACCUCCUCGAUGGACUAGCGAGCCAGUUGAUGUUAGUAUCGCUGCUGAUCAAGACGCUAUCAUACACUGCCAAGCUGACGGUUAUCCUAAGCCAGUAAUUACGUGGAGAAAGGCAGUAGACGAACAACCUGGAGAAUACAAGGACUUUCUGUUCGAAACGAGCGUGCAGCAAUAUCAAAACGGUUCAUUAGGGUUUACCCACAUAUCAAAGGAAAAUGAGGGGCAGUAUCUUUGCGAGGCCAAAAAUAAUAUCGGUGCUGGAGUUAGUAAAGUUAUAUUCCUCAGAGUCAAUGCACCUGCCCGUUUUAUACAAAAAUCUAAACAAAUUCAAGUAGUUAAAGGCGAACAAGCCCAUUUGCAAUGCUCGGCUAAUGGCGAUACUCCAAUGCAGAUUAUAUGGAAAGUUGGAGGGCAACACAUAUCUAAGGAAGGUGAUCAACGUUACUCUAUUAGGGAACAAGCCCUAGCGGAUGGGAUGGUGUCUGAAUUGGGCAUUGAACGAACCAUACGUCAAGACACUGGUAUUUUUAUAUGUGCCGCUUCGAACGCAUAUGGCAGUGACGAUAUGAACAUUCAACUGAUUGUCCAGGAAAUUCCUGAGCCACCACGAAAUGUUCGAGUUAUGGACCAACAAUCCAGGUCCAUUGGCAUAUCGUGGACAUAUCCGUACGCUGGAAACAGUCCUAUAACGAAUUACAUAGUGCAAUAUAAACCAGGUGCCGACACGUGGCCAAACCUGCCAGCAAAAAUUACAGUUCCAGGAUCUGAAACGACGGCAUCCUUACCCAAUCUCCGACCCGCUCAGGUUUACCAUUUACGGAUAUUAGCCGAAAACCGUCUUGGACUUAGCGAGCCAAGUCAAACCGUUCAAGUAAAUACGUUAGAAGAAGUUCCCAGCGGAUCUCCGGUAGACAUCAGAGCUGAGGCGAAGACAUCGACAGAAUUAGUGGUAACAUGGGAACCACCUCCUAGAGAAACCUGGAAUGGAAAUCUGUUGGGUUACCACGUAGGAUAUCAAGAAAUGGAAGAUAGCAAUAGCCUAUCGCAAAAUUAUGUGUUUAAAAGUGUUGAAGUCCGGCCCCAUUACGGCGGUGAAGCUAUUUUACAAGGCUUACGAAAAUUCACAACAUAUACUAUUAUUAUUCAGGCCUACAACAGUAGAGGUUCCGGUCCUGCUAGCGAACCAGUAACAGCACGCACUUUAGAAGACGCUCCCACACUGCCCCCAGAAAACGUUCAAUGUUCAGUACUCAAUGCUCAAAGUCUUCACAUAUCGUGGGAACAACCCUUACGAGAAGGGUGUAAUGGAAUCAUUCAGGGUUACAAAGUUACAUAUCAUUCGGUCGGAGAAUGGUACGACAACGACGAUCAACAGACGAAAAUUAUCAAUCAAUUACGUACCACAAUCUCGGGCUUAAGGAAAUUUACCAAUUAUAGCAUAACGGUUUUAGCCUACACCGGCAGCGGCGAUGGAGUUAGAUCAUCACCGGUAUACUGUCAGACCGAAGAGGAUGUUCCCUCAGCUCCUGCACAAAUUAAAGCAGUUGUCAGUGCAGCUAACAAAGUUCUAGUGUCGUGGUUACCUCCAAAAUUCAACAAUGGCCCACUAACUGGUUAUACAUUUUAUAUGAGUGUUGUGGAAGAUGGUCAGGAGGAGGGCACACACAAAAGGGCGCUUAGCCCAACCACGGAAAUGCAUGAAGUUGUGAGAGGUCAGGAAACAUCAACAUUACAGUUCUGGGUUACUGCUUCAACUAGAAUAGGUGAAGGUGAAAGUACAAGAGUUAUAACCGUAAUUCCAUCAAAACACGUGCCUGCAAAAAUUGCCUCUUUUGGAAGGGAGGUAGUUAGCGCUUGGAAACAAGAUAUUUUUCUACACUGCAAAAGCGUGGGUGUACCAUUGCCUAACACCAACUGGAAAAUGAAUGAUUCACCAUUGGAAAUUAGUGGACGACGAUCUGUCAUGUCCAAUGCCACAUUGGUUAUAAAAGACAUUCAAAACGUUGAUCAAGAAAAUUAUUCUUGUUCUGUUGAAAAUCAAUAUGGAAAAGAUGAGAUCGUGUACCAUCUUAAAGUUUUAGUUCCUCCUGAUGCUCCGAUAUUAAACGUAAUCGAAGCAUUUACGGACAGUCUUCAUUUAAGAUGGUCGGAUCAAGGUAAUGGUGGGUCACCGAUCUUGGGGUACGUCAUAAAUUAUAAAAGGGAUCAUGGCGAUUGGGAAGAAUUAGAAAUUGCAGCUAGAACUGACGAACACAUGUUGCGAAGUUUAUGGUGUGGUAGCAGAUAUUUGUUAUAUAUAACAGCUUUCAACAGGAUAGGAACCGGUUUACCGUGCGACAUAAUUCCUACCCACACUAAGGGUACAGUUCCCGUACAACCCAAGCAAUCCCAAAUGCUCACUAUGAAUGCGACCGUGGCCACGGUGUGGUUAGAUUCGUGGGGCGAUGGUGGUUGUGGUAUUCUUUACUUUUCUAUUCAAUACAAGAAAGUAACGUAUUCGUCCUGGACAACUGCUUCAAACCACGUGAAGCCGACUGAAAGAAUAUUUUGUAUUACCGACUUAACACCGGCAACGGAAUACCAGUUAAAAGUGUGUGCUUAUAAUAAUGCGGGUGAUACAGAAGCCUUGUAUAAUUUUACAACUCUUACUUUUGAUGGGAUAAUCCCGACGGUAUCGACAGCAGUGUAUCAUUCAUGGGACGAGAAAUUCUACACAAAUACAAAAGUUUGGUUGCCAAUUAUCCUUUCCCUAAUAGUUUUGCUCCUAUUGAUUGCAGCGUUGUUUUGGAGACACAAAAUUAUACAAGACCGCAGCGUCCAAAACCAUUCAAUCGGCGAAUCGCCGUCGAUGGCGCAAAUACAGAACAAACAAAAUCGAGACCAACAAUAUUUAGCCGUGCGAGUGGGACGCAGCCCACAACCGAUUGCAAUCGAAGACGCUUAUAAAACGGAGUCCUCGGAUUACAUUGAAGAUAUUUGUCCCUACGCCACUUUCCAGUUAUCCAAGCCAACUUAUAGUGAAAGCUCCUACAGCGGAAAUGUUUACAGCGGACCGUACCAUUCGGUACGCGGAUCUUUUGUAUAUCAUGACGUUAAACCUCCACCUAUUGAUAAGUUUAUGUUAGGACAUAACAAAGAACCGGAAUACACAAAAGUAAGAAGAAAAGGAGGGAGAUUGAGAGAUCCGCAUUCCGAAAGCCAAGAAUCUGAUAAUUUGGGCAGCACUGAUUCCGAAGUUAAGAAGAUACUAACUCUGCACCUGCCUAUUUCAGAGUACGACACACUUGGUUCAGAUUCCGAGGGAGAUGGAAUAAAUGGAGGGAGAGUCACAAGCCAAGAAAUGAUGGCAUCAUUCGGCCACAACCGAAGGAGAGGAGGGGCAGAAGGGUCAUCUUCCUCAUCUGAAACUUCCCCUCCAUCCGGUAGCGUAGGCCGCAAAUCUUAUGCAUCCAGAAAGACGAAGGGGAAAGCUGCACCAUCUGGGAAAAGCCGACAUGUACGUAGUAGUAGCGGAUACUCUAGUCACAACGAUGAGACCACCUUCAGUAUUUCACAUGCGCCCAGCUUUAAUGAACGCAUUCACCCCCCUACCAGGUUCUCCGAUAUGAAUAUUAGAGCCUUUAGUGAAUCAGAAUAUGAAAAAGGACAUAAACCAAGAGGAAUGUCGAAACUAACUAGAGAAGCUUUUCAGAUAAAUGUGUAACAUAUGAAAUUCUUGUUUGGGUAA